GCGUGGUUAGAAUUGAGCUAUCAUAAUAUAUCGAAGCUUGUCAUAGGAUUUCAAUACCUGAAACGUGUAAGAGAGCUGCGACGCUAAAUGGGCAGGAGGCACAAUCCGGAUCCGUGAUGAAGGAUCAUGGUCAUUGGUCAGCCAUCUUUCAACAGUUGUGCAGCAGGCAAUUUACAAACGUCGAAGGAACGAGAAGCACAGGACGCUCUAUCGGAUUCCGCAUCGACGGUGUCGAAGAAGGUUGCGCCUGGAGGGGAUGCAGUUCAUUUAUCGGAGGGGGCGGACGACGAUCAACCUCCUCGAAGGAUGGUGUUCAGGAUGAGCAUGCGGCCAUGGCCACGACAGAAGUGUCAAAUGUGUCCGCCAUGGCGUGUCGUGCGGGGAACAACAAUCUAAGUAAUGCACGCGCAGCUGUUGGAGACCUCAAUUACCCCCCCGCCCCGCCGGUUAUGGCGGGCGCAAUGUCGUCGGGGGGCUGCCGUGGCGGUUCAGGGCAAAGUUUUGUCGAAGAUCGACUCGAACUGGAAGAUAUUGUUGGUCAGGAGGAAUGUGGAGGGGACGGUAUAUGUGCAGGGGGUGUAUGCAAUGCUGGUGGUGAUCAGAUUAUUGUUUGUGGUGUCGCUCAAGCAGAUGGAACACCUUUGACGGCGGCAGAUGCCACAGCUGGUGAGCAGGACGGUGGUGUGCAAAAAGCGAAGUCUGCUCCCAAAAAGGCAACCAAGAAGAGCGGAAAGACACCAAACAAGAGAGACGAUGAGACGCUGCUGCUGCUGACCUUGAGAUGUGCUUACAAGGCCGCGCGUGAAGAGGACUCUGAGGCCUAUGGCAUAGCACGAAGCGGUACGAAGCUGUGGAAAGAGAUCAGCAAGAAUCUCAUUGCGGCGGGUUUCAAUCGAACUCGUGACAUGUGUAAGAAUCGUUGGAAAUACGUCUAUUGCAACUACAAAGAUAUCAUAGACAACGACAAAAGGAGUGGGCGUAAGAGUUAUUGGGACAUGGAGGUUGAAACGAGGGUUCAAAACCAAUUGGAUUUUAUUAUGCGGAGGGCCUGGUUUGAUCACAUUGACAAGUUCGAUAAGCGGACCCAGGCGAUCAACCCCGAAGAUAUUACGGAAUCUCAUGAGAGCGGCGGUCGUGGGGGAUCGAUGGUUAGUGGAGCAGGCGGGACACUCAAUAGUGAAGGUCGUCAAUCUGGUGAUGUUGAAACCACCCCCAAGCGUGAUCCAGGAUCGUCGGUGUGCGCAGGCAAAGAUGGUACGAGUGCAGGUGGCAGUGGAGGUGGCAGUGGAGGUGGCAGUGCAGGUGGCAGUGCAGGUAAUGCGAACACAGGCCAAGAUGGUAUGAGUCCAGGUGCAGAACCCGCCCUCCGGCGUGAUUCACGAUCGUCCGUCAUCACAGGCCAAGAUGGUACGAGGGCAGGUGGCAGUGCAGGUAAUGCGAGCACCCCCGCUCAGCUACCGACUCUGGGUAAACGUAAGCGGUGUGCUCAGACCGCAAGGGAACAGUCUGUGCAAACAAUCACUAGCGCGAUGCGUGAGCAGUAGAUAGCGUUGGAGCGAGUUGGAAGUGAACAGAGCAAGGCAAUGAUGGAUGUGUGCGACAAGCAGAUUGCCAUGCAGGAGAAGUGCGUGCAGAUGGCAUGCUCUGCUAUGCGCGAGGAUACAGAAGC